GCGCUCCGGCUCCGCCUCCUACGACGAAGACGAUUACGACGACGACGAAGACGACUUCUCCCUCUGGAGUGACACCGGCGAUCUAGUGGAUCAGCUCGGCGACGCAGAAGACCCGCUCGCAGCCCACCUUCGCUCGGCCGUCGACGACCGCGGACGCCCACGACAUUCGAAACGAGUCCGCUUUCCCUCGAACGAGAAAGAACGCCAAUCUGGCGUCGAUAUAAAGAAGGAAGACAUUCGAGUGCCCAGUCCUGCUCCCCUACCGCUGAGUUGGGGACAGAGAUUGCUGGCUAGGACCAUGGCUCCCAAUGAUUCGUCCUCGCGCAUGCACGGCCUGCAUGGCAAGAAGCUGAUAUACUUCCUGUCCAUCUUCGUGUCGUUGGGUGUGUUCUUGUUUGGUUAUGAUCAGGGUGUGAUGUCCGGUAUCAUUACCGGGCCUUACUUCAAGGACUACUUCAACCAACCUUCACCAGCUGAGAUUGGCACUAUGGUGGCUAUCUUGGAGGUGGGAGCCUUCAUAUCCUCGAUAUCGGUCGGACGCAUUGGGGACAUGAUUGGGCGGAGAAAGACAAUCUUAUACGGAGCAUUGGUUUUCGUUGUGGGUGGAGCGAUUCAAGCAUUCGCAACUGGUAUGCCCAUGAUGUUGCUGGGCAGGAUCAUUGCUGGUCUAGGGGUGGGAGCGUUGAGCACGAUUGUGCCGGUAUAUCAGAGUGAGAUCAGCCCGCCGCACAACCGCGGCAAGCUGGCGUGCAUUGAGUUCUCUGGAAACGUCUUUGGAUACAUGUGCAGUGUCUGGGUGGACUACUUCUCCAGCUACAUCAAGAGUGACUGGGCAUGGAGGCUACCAUUGCUGAUGCAAGUCGUGAUGGGAGGUCUGCUUGCUGUUGGAUCAUUUCUCAUCGUCGAGUCACCGCGAUGGCUGCUCGACAAUGAUCACGACGAGGAAGGCAUCGUUGUCAUUGCAAACCUCUACGGAAAAGGCGACAUCCACAACCAAAAGGCUCGGGACGAGUACCGCGAGAUCAAGAUGAACGUUCUGCUUCAGCGACAAGAAGGAGAGCGAUCUUACAAAGACAUGUUCAAAAGAUACUCCAGACGUGUCUUCAUCGCCAUGUCUGCGCAAGCCCUUGCUCAGCUCAACGGCAUCAACGUCAUUUCCUACUACGCUCCUCUGGUAUUUGAGCAAGCUGGAUGGACUGGACGAGAUGCUAUCUUGAUGACAGGAAUCAACGGAAUCACUUAUUUGGCUUCGACAAUUCCUCCUUGGUACCUGGUCGACCGCCUCGGCCGCCGUUUCAUCCUGCUCUCAGGAGCCGUGGCCAUGAUCAUCUCACUCUCCGCGAUCUCAUACUUCAUCUACAUCGACAUCAAACUCACGCCGCGCUUGGUGGUCAUAUUUGUCAUGAUUUACAACGCGGCCUUUGGGUACUCUUGGGGUCCCAUUCCUUGGCUGUAUCCGCCGGAGAUUCUACCACUCAGCAUCAGAGCGAAGGGUGCAAGUCUAUCGACGGCAUCCAACUGGGCUUUCAACUGGUUGGUGGGAGAGAUGACACCGAUUCUGCAACAGUGGAUAAAGUGGCGCCUGUAUUUGGUGCACGCAUUUUUCUGUGCAGUCAGUUUCGUUGUCGUCUACUUCCUCUAUCCCGAGACUGCCAAUGUGCGUUUGGAAGACAUGAACUCACUUUUCGGAGACGCUACCACUGUCGCGCCCACACCGGAAACUCUCGCAGAAGCAGAAUCACUCUUCAGCGGUAAUCGCUCUCCGUCAUCGUUCCGACUAGGCAACCAGGACGACGAGGUACCAGACAUGGACUUGCAGCCUCCAGACGUCGACAUUCAAGACGGCAAGCCCAUCUUGAAUGAGCGCGGAGAAGGUGUCGGAGGCUGGAUCAGCAACGUGGUCAAGCGCGCCAAAGGCGAGGACCCCAACACUCAAGGUGGCAGUGGGAGGUACAAGCGUGUUGGUCAGGACUAUGAUUAGAGAGCAGGGCCGGUACAUUGUGUGACAAAGCAAUUAAGCGUGAUGCGAUAGAAAAGAGGCGACAUACGCCAACUUGAAUAGACAGACCUGGAGAUGUACAACAUGUAGAGAUCC